AUGGCCGGUAGAUCACGAGGACGUAACGGCAAUGGCAGGUUCCAUAACUCCAAUCCACGUGGUGAACGAAAUAAUGAACAUGAUGAUCGAACUUCAAGACCUAGCACUAGUCGAGGAGGUGGUGGAUACUCAGAUCGUCAUGGUUUUAAUAAAAAGGUGACAUUCAAAGCAAAUCAACGUGGAGGUAAUCAUUUUCGUAAAAGCUGGGAAAGUAAAACUGAUUUGGUCCGUGAUCAACUGGAUAGUGAAUUUCCUAAUCGGAAUGGCCCAUCUAGAAAUAAUACUGGUCGACGAUCUUUUCCUGAAAGAAAUCAUGGUCGUGGUGGUAAUGGUAAUUUCAGAAGCUUAUCAUGGGCAUUGAAAGAAAGUAGUACUGGCUGGUAUUCAGUAUUUGUGCCAAAUGUUGAAGAUUGUGACGAAGUCCUUAAAAUAAUACAAACUUAUAUCACACCAGUUGUAUUUUAUCCAUACAAUAAACAAUAUUUUGAUAAUGCUUUAAGAUUUCUUGUUGAUGAUUUUAAAGUUGCUAAGACAUUGCACAACACUAGUUAUAAGAUAACACAAAGAGAUGAUCGAAAAUUAGUUAUAAAGGUGUGUAUAUAUUUGCCUCCACGUGGUCCUAUUUCAUUCACACCAGUAUCCAGUGAAGUGAGAGAAAAAAUGAUAGAAGCCAUGGCGACUCGUUACAAUCCUAGUACCAAGAGUUUAGAUUUGUCACAGUUCUAUGCUUGUUCACUGUUUACCAAUAAUCAACUAUUUGUACCAUUAAAUCGACCAGCCGUUCUUUUGGCAGCACUCAACAUGGUUGCUCAACAUACCAAGCAUGACUUGUACGGUUUAAGUCUUGAAAAUAAUCACAUAUAUUUAGGCGAAGGUCUUAUAUGGAUACGUAGGUUGUUUCCUGAACUGAAAGUGUUGGAUUUAGCUGGCAACAAAUUUUCUGACUUAAAAGAGCUAAGGUGUCUCUCAGGUUACACUAUUCAUGAGCUGAACUUGUCCAGAAAUCCUGUGUGCAAUACAGAGGACAAAGAGCGUUACAAACGGGAUGUACAACAAUUUUUUCCUAUGCUAAACAAGUUGGAUAACUCAGAUCUGCCGUCUCGGUACAGUGCGAUUAUUGGAUCCAAGUUUAAAAUGCCAAUUAACUUGGGUAACAGUUAUCCAAUACCAGAAGGCCAUAAUCCUGAACUGCCAAAUCCAGUAAUGACUCUAGUAGAAUCAUUUCUCACCCAAUAUUAUGUACUAUACGAUAACCAAGUGUCUAGACAAAUGGUAUCGGAAGCUUACCAUGAAAAUGCCAUAUUCACGUUAUCCAGUUGUUUUCUGUUUAAAAAUGUUAAAGGUAGCUUAUCACAGUAUCUACCUGAAAGCAGAAACUUAUUGAAAUCUGAAAGAAACAGACACGGUAGACGUCGGUUUUUACAUAAAGGCAAACAAGACAUAAUAAACUUUUUAGACAAGUUACCUAAAACCAAGCAUGAUAUUGGUUCAUUCAUAGUUGAUGUACCAUUGGCAAAUACUGCAAUGGUUCAGAUUGUAGUGAACGGUGUGUUUGCUGAAGAUUUUAAAGAAACCAACUAUAGACACGUUUAUCGUUCAUUCUGCAGAACAUUUUGUAUAGUGCCGAUCGGUAGUGGGUGGAGUAUAAUUAGCGAUAUGUUAUUUGUAACAACAGUCACUGAUGAGUUAUUACUAGAGUCUUCAAAACGGUUCCAUGUUUUCAAACCAAAACCAGUGCAUUCCAAAAAAAAUAACUCAAAUGGUAACAGUAACCAAAACGGAACAAUGUUUAUGGAGGAUACAGAUGAAAUGGCUGGCAUGGAAUCAUCAUCAUCCUAUCAACAGCCUCCCACACCCAGCUACCCACCACCAUCUUAUCAGCAAUCCACAUUUUCAUCUUAUCAGUCUUCACCAAUGACGCCUCCUAUUAAUCCACAGCAACCAUCGCCUUAUCAAGGAGGCAUGCAGACGUCUACUCCACAGGUCCAACAAAUGACGCCUGUAGCAACAGAAAAUUUCCAACCAGACUCUCAACAGCAGUCAAGUGCCUCAUUUCCUAUGUUCAACACAAUAUCACCUUCAACAACAGCAUUUCCUACACCUUCAACUCCUGCUUCCUUGCCUGUAAAUCAAUUGUCGACUGAAGUGCCUGUAAAUUUGAUGAGGGAUACUAAUGCCAAUCCCGAUAAGUUGACUAUGAUUAAGAGUUUUUCAAAUGAGUCUGGAAUGAAUAAUGAAUGGGCUGAAAAGUGCUUAGAAGAAAAUGGUUGGGAUUAUGCCAAAGCGGCUUCAUGUUUUUCAGACCUAAAAGCAAAUAUUCCACCUGCGGCUUUCAUACAUUAA